AUGACUUCGACACAACUAUAUACAGUACCAAUUAUUCCGGACGGUUUACGUCGUGUGGAACUAAUUAAACAAUUUGCUGAUACAUUCGAUUAUUUGGAUUCCAUAUCACAAGACAUAUUUAAUCGUAUAUCUAGUCGUCUUAAUGUUUAUCGUGCAGAAGUAAAUCAAUUCGAUAAACAGAUUCAACAUUCAGAUGAACAUAUCAAUCAUAUAAAAGGUUCGAAAUAUCCUAUUCAAGUCCAUUCAAGUGCACGUUAUCCAAUUGAACAAAAUCGUUCUAUAUUUAAAUCAAUAUUUGAAUAUGAUACAGAUAAUAAACCAUCUGUAUUUCAUUAUGAUUUAUUUCAUUCAAAUGAAUCCGAUGAGAAAUAUAUAAAUUCAAAAUCGAAUGAUGAUACAUUAAUUGUUUUGAAACAAUAUGAAGAAAAUUUUCUGCAAAAAACCAGAACAACUAAUUUAAACGAUUUUGGAAGAUUGCCAACGAAUAUUAAAUCGGUUAUUUCAUUGCUUAAACAUAAUACAAAAGAAAAUCUUUAUAUACAAUCAACAAAAAACGAUUCAUUAAAUACUGCUACUCGAAUGCGUAAACAAGUUGAUGAAUCGAUUCAUACACGUAAUGGUUUUAUUGAAAAUCCAUCACCUCUAUUUUAUGAACAAAUGUUCGAACGUUCAGCCAUGGCUGAUAUAAAUUACAAUCCCACGUUAGGACUUGUACCUGAAUUGUCUCUACCUGAUAAUUUACCUGAAUUGGAUAAUUACGCGACUUUUGCUGAUAAUACUGUCAUCGGUCAGACAAAACAGCAAAUUGUUUCUAUUGCACCUUCAUUUUCUGAUUUAAUAUUACCGGAUAUUAUUGAUUUAACAUCAACUACUAUAACAGCUUCUCCAGUUCAAUCUCCAGAGCCAACAGUCGAUAUACCAACAAUCAUUCCUGAUCCACUUCCUUCACCAGUACCAGUAAUUGCUCCACCAUUAUUGCUUACAGUUCCUUCAAUAUCAAUACCGGUAACAGCUGUUGAAGAAUCACAAGCAACAAUUAUUCCUACAGUGGAUGAUAAUGAUAAUGAUAAUCCCUUAUUGAUACAGAUACGUAAUUUUUCGACAAAAAACAAACUUACACCUGUUACAAAGUCCAAUGCAGCUGAUAAAGUACCGUCAGCAAGUUCAAAUAUUACUACAGUGGAUGGUAGUGAUAAUGAUAAUCCGUUAUUGAUACAGAUACGUAAUUUUUCGACAAAAAACAAGCUUAAACCUGUUACAAAAUCCAAUGCAGCCGAUAAAGUACCACCAUCAAGUUCAAAUAUGAUGGUCGAUAUAAAAAUAGAAAUAGAGAAACGACGUGAACUUAUUUUACGAAAGCAAGAAGAUGAUUCGGAUGAUUCAGAUGACUGGAAUGGUGAUUUUGAUUGA